AUGAAUAACUCUUCUCCAUCUCCCUCAGUGCGAGUGGCGCACGGGCGUAAGCGUUCAAGCACCAUCAGUUCCAUGUUACCUCCACCACCUCAGCUGAAUAUUGGACAAACGAAAUGGAUAACCCUCUGGGCAGCUGACACACACGUUGCGGGAUCUCGAGUCAGUAUCGCCGAUAUUAUUAUCAAUCGAGAGAGUUGGCCCGGGCUUGCCCCAGGAGAUGUAAUUCGAGUUUCAAACGGGAAAGCUCAAGAUUCUGAAGGGGUUUUGUUUAUUGUUCCCCCGGACGAUGCUACACGACCCCCUCCGAAUCAGGCAUGUUUUGCAACCUUUUUCGGAUUCAAGAAUCAUUCGGAGAUUUUAUUGACCAAGAUCGACAGAACCACAGCAAUCGUUGAUUAUGUAGAAAUCGAAUUCAGAGACCAAUACCUUGGUCGAUGUGACAUGUGGAGACUUUCAAACAGUCUCAAAAAUUCGACCAUCUACAUCAAAGGCAAACGGGUUUCAUCGGGUAUAGUGGAUGCGUCAACCAAGGCCAUAUUCCGGUCACUUUCAGCAAAAACGACUAUCUUUGUCCAAGUCUGCAAGGAACUCUGGGAGUUUGCUGAUGACGGCGAGAGGUUCACCGAAAAAAUCAUCCAUUCUUUCUUUCCAGAACUUAUUCACCGCUGGAAAGAACACCAGACCAACCACGUCAUAACCAUCGUUCUGAUAUCUCGCGUGUUCUAUGAUACAACCGAAUUGGAAUAUGCAGCUGGACCACUGCGACAAACUGAUGACUGUCAGUGGUACAAGGAUUUUUUCAAGGUCGUGGUGGAUCUAGAGGUUGUUUCUAACUGGACAAAUGUACUCCGCGACUUGAAGGAAGCAUUUUGGACAUUCCAACGGGACAUUCUACUAACGCAUCAUUUUCACCGGAAAGCCGAGGCUGGAGGCGAGGUGAAGUUGGUUGGAACUAUUUCCUUCGCUCAUGAUGGCCCAUUGCUCGAGGCUCUGAAUUUGGCUCUCAAUCCGACAGAAGCGCACUACAUUGAUCGUUCUUUAUCUCUCACCGGUUCAUCAGUUAUCCUCAUUACCCCUGGGACAGGGUACUUUCGAGUUCAAAAACAGCUCCUUCGUCUAACAACCUUACGAAUGCUUGACCAAGGGUUCGGGUUGGACCUAGUGUGUCUGGCCAAACGACCGCUACAUACAUCGCCUAUAUUCAGUUUCCAGGGAAUCGAGCCUGCUCCGGUAAACCCGAGUGAUGGUAUCAGUCGUGCAACAGAUCCACUCUGGGGCGGAGGACGUACCGAGUUUGAACAGCCCCCGAGUGAUCUCAAGACGUUUUGGUGGGAACCGUUUUGGGUCUCGGCAUCAUUUUGGGAUAAGCAGCGAGACAUGCCCUUCAGAGAGGAUAGGUUUGUCACCCGGGCACGCAUGUAUGAAGUCCAGAUGCUUGGCCUACUUGAGCAUGAUGUGACCGCUACCAUUUCACUCCCUCAUGUUGACCUUAAUACCAUCUCGCCUACGACACCCGAUUCGCCCAAUCCAAAGGAAGCCAGACGGCUCGCGCGGGAGAUGUUUGACAGGAACAUUUUUGCGCCGGUCAACAACGAGCCUCAUUCACACCACGAAGGCCAUCAUCAUCACCACCACCACCAUCACACGCCAACUCAACCAGGAAGUGGCGAAACAAGUGGUCCUUCGACUGCACAUGUCACAGAUAUGGAAUCAAGCCAGAGUAGUCUGAACGAUUUACUCGAGGAACAUACCAAGCACGAAGCUCAGCCGAUGCCCAUGCUUCCAUUCAAGAACGUGCGAAAGCCAAACCUCAGGCGUGCAUCAACAAGUGUGUCGACUAGUCGAAUACGUAUAGAGGCGGCGCCAAGCUUCAAAGGGCACUCACCCGAGCCGUUGCCUGCGUUGACUUUACCAACUCUGGAUACCACAAUUGCCGCACCAACUCGAUCAAACAUCUCACAACGUCGGAGUGUAUCUCCUUCACAAGAAUCUAUUCGGUCUACCUCGACAGUUUCAUCCAAUCGUCGCAAGGGAACCGGUACUCUCUCCUCGUUAGCGAAGAAUUGGUUCUUUACGCCUUUUAGGCCUGCUGCAUCCACGGCCGCAUCCACAGUCCACAUCGAACGCCAAGCUGACGACGUAGCAACUGGGCCCCCCUUACCUCCAGUAUCACCCAUCGCCCCGCUAGCAAAGACAUCUCCAGCUCCUCCGGACCCAAUCGCUAUAACCAAGCGGAAAGCAGAGCCCAAACGGAUUCAGCGACCCGCACCCGAGGACUCGGCCUCUCCGUCUGAUGAUCCCACUGCAGCACUGCGUCGAACGAGUACGGUAGUAGUAAACACAAACACUACGCCUGCGAUCCCCCCUCAACCGGAACGUACGAAUCCGUGUCGCCCGGGCUCGGCGCUGCCCGAGAACCAAACCAACUUGGCCAGGAGAUGGCAGCAUUUAUUCCCUCGCCCCACGUACCAGCAUCAGAUCAAGUGGCGUUCGAUAUGCACGCCCGCUUGUCUUCCGCUGGGAGUGGAUUAUCUUCCACCCCAGAGGGAGGUCAACGCGACAUGGAGAGACUACGACUAUAUCGUCAUGCUUAACCCUGAAGACAUCCGAUCUUCGUUCUUGUUAGGAGCUGAUGAUGUGAAUAUGGAUCAAGACGACCAAGCUUUACUCGUCAUGCGUGGAAUGGCUGCGUUGAGGUUGCAACAAGGUUUCCAGUUUGUUGUAUCCAAACCAAAGAGCGAGACUAAUGUGGACGAGAAACCACAUGCGCGCCCGCCCAAGACUUCCGGCAAGGGGUUUCCUGUGGUUGCAGGAUUGGCAUUGGAUAGACCGUACCCUGUGGGAGUAUCCGAAGUCUUGAAAAGCGCAAAGGAUGUAGUUUGUCUGAGCAUGAGCGACCAGAUCCAGCAGCUUUCUUAUGACUCUCUUACUGGUGCAGUUCUUGUCCGCCGAUGGAUCCGACGUUCAUCUCACCCCACAGACGCGUUUCAAUACCAAUGCCUCGUUUGGCCCAAAUUAGGAACAGGCUAUACGGAAGUAUCCACCUCGUUUAGUUUCCCAGUUCUGGAAGAAUACGGAUGGAAUCGCACUGAUACGCUAGUGGCGGGAUACGAGCGCGACUUGUCCGAUGCACUUCGGUACUGGCGGACCAGAUAUCUUGUCAUCCCGUCCGAAGAAGCACCACCUGCGCCGUUUAGGGGGAGCACAGGGGAAGGCGAAACAUUAGAUGAAGAAGAAAUCAGGUUGCUGGGUGUAACAGAACGGCUAGCCGAGCUAUUCGCCCGCGCACGGUGGCUGAGGCCAGACGAAACUGACCUCCCGCCUCCUCGGUUCGUGGAAACUACGCUGGACCCAGCCGUUUGCGUAUUGGACGACAGUCUCAUGACGCAGAUUGAAGAACUCCACGCGCAGGGGCCUCUCAAGAAGAAACGGCUCUCCGAGCGGGUGUUGGAGGAUAUGAGUCUGGCAAACAUUGCGCGCGCGAUGAGGGAAGAAGGCGGAGUGCCGAUCAAGGUGCACAAGUGGCAUGGAAUCCAGUACCCAGAUAGUUUUACCGGGAGAGAGUUGGUGAAUUGGUUGGUGAGAGAAUUUAAAGACGUUUCGACGCGGGAACAAGGCGUCGAACACGGAAAUCGACUGUUAAGCGCUGGGUUGUUUGAGCACUGUCGUGGUACUCAUGGGUUACUCGAUGGACACUAUUACUACCGCCUCGCGGGCGAAUUUGCGGCUCCAGCGACCAAUAAACCUCGUCAAUGGUUCCGAAGCGCUGCGACACUCAACAGUCGCCCGUCCGUGGAAGAUGUCAAGACGGCACCACCGGCAGCAGGGCUAGCACCGGGGUCCGUCGGGAGAGGCAUGUUUGCAGUCCGCCGUCCUCGCCGUCGACUGGUGCUCAGUCAGACAAUGACCAUUGAUGUGGACCCAAUGAAGAGGAGUGACCAGGCCGAGAGGGUUAUCCUGCAUCAUGAUGUGAUACAUAAUCCCAUGACGGCGUUCCAUUUCGAGCUGAAUUGGCUGGGCACUACCGCUCGGUUCAUUGACGAUAUGAUCAUAUCGUGGAACCACGCACUCAAACGCUACGGACUGAAGAUCGUCGAAGCCUAUGUGGACCAAAUCAUAGACAUUAACCACACCAACGUCUUCCAGUCCUGUUUUCCCGUUCCACUCGCGCUGGCCCCUCCAUGCAUCCCCGACCUUGCGAAACGCGUACCCGAGGGCACUCAAGUCGAACAAUACUUUGAGUGCGCAAUACUGAAACAUUUUGGAUAUAUUUUAGAUAUUUCGGCAGGGUCAAAUUACCCCGACUCGGUGGAUGUGUUUUAUUCCUACAGACGCAGCCAUUUCACGUAUUCUCAAUACGUACACAAAUCCGGAUUGGCGUUUUGUCAGGUCGUAGGCGGAACCGAGGGCUUUAGGUGGUUAACCAACCGGUUGCUCGCACCCGGGAACUAUGCGAUGGGUGCGCAGGGCAAGUCGAGGCAUCACACCCGAGCCGACGAUAUUAGGCGCCAAUUGGCCGCGUUUUGCGAAGAUGAAACUCAGCUGAGGGAUUUUUACGACGAUGUGGUUGGGAAAUUACCCCCAGCCCCUCUGCCUGCUCCUGCUAUCGUGGUCCCUCCUGCGAGUGCUCAACCGAGCCCAAGUAUACAGGGCCUUUUUGAUUGA